AUGAUCAACGACACGCCCGCGUGGACCGCUUUGGUCGAGCACGCGGCCGAGAUCCAGGCCACGCACCUGCGCGAUCUCCUGGCAGACGACGCACGCAACGCGGCCAUGCGCACGCAGCAGGAGGGCAUCUACUUGGACUACAGCCGUCAGAACGCGACGCUCAAGACGCUCGAGCUGCUCGUGGACCUCGCCGAAGCAGCAGACGUGACUGCAAAGCUGCAGUCGAUGGCCGUGGGCGCACACGUCAAUGGCACUGAGGACCGCGCAGCGAUGCACAUGGCAAUGCGCGCUCCCAAGACGCAGUCGAUGGUUGUGGACGGCCGCGACGUCGUGCCGGACGUCCAUCAGGUACUGGACGCGAUCGAGACAUUUGCUCGCAACGUGCGGAGCGGAGCGCUCGUUGGUGCGACAGGCAAACCGCUCACGCACGUGAUUUCCGUGGGCAUUGGCGGCAGUUACCUCGGCCCCGAGUUUGUGUGUGAAGCGCUGCGUCACGAACCGGCAGCGAAAGCUGCAGCGACCGGUCGGACGCUCCGGUUUCUGGCCAAUGUCGAUCCAGUUGAUGUGGCCCGCGCGACGAGUGGGUUGAACCCGGAAGAGACGCUGGUGGUGGUAGUGUCCAAGACGUUUACGACAGCGGAGACGAUGCUGAACGCCCGGACGCUUCGAAAAUGGAUUGUCGAUGACUUGACGGCAAAAGGGAGCUCGGAGGCGGAGGCAGUCGCCAAGCACAUGGUGGCCGCGAGCUCAGCGGUGCCGCUCGUGCAGGAGUUUGGUAUCGAUCGAAGCAAUAUCUUUGGCUUUUGGGACUGGGUCGGCGGACGCUACAGCGUCACGAGUGCUGUGGGAAUCUUGCCGCUGGCGUUGCAGUACGGCUAUGACGUCAUGGAACAGUUUUUGGCAGGCGCACAUGCGAUGGACAAGCAUUUGCUGGACGCCCCACUGCGCGCCAAUCUACCGGUGCUCAUGGGUCUGCUGGGCGUCUGGAACUCGUCAUUCUUGGGCCACAGUUCCCGUGCACUCCUGCCGUACUCGCAAGCGCUGUUGCGUUUUGCUGCUCACGUCCAGCAGGUUGACAUGGAAAGCAAUGGCAAGCGGGUAAGCGCAGAGGGCGUCGAGCUGCCAUUCCAGACGGGCGAAGUGAACUUUGGCGAGCCGGGUACAAAUGGUCAGCACAGCUUUUACCAGCUCAUUCACCAGGGUCGCGUCGUACCAUGCGACUUCAUCGGCUUCUGUGAGUCGCAGAAUCCCGUGCAGCUUGAGGGCGAGCCGGUGUCGAACCACGACGAGCUCAUGUCCAACUUCUUCGCGCAGCCAGAUGCUCUGGCCCGCGGCAAGUCGCUCGAGGACCUCAAGGCCGAGAAUGUGCCCGAGCACUUGCGCAACCACAAGUUGUUCCCGGGCAACCGUCCGUCAAUCUCCCUGCUCUUCAAGAAACUAGACGCCUACUCGGCCGGCCAGCUCUUGGCGCUUUAUGAGCACCGUACGGUCGUGCAAGGCGCGAUUUGGGGCAUCAACAGCUUCGACCAGUGGGGCGUCGAGCUCGGUAAGGUGCUGGCCAAGCAAGUGCGGGCACAGCUCAGCGCUUCGCGCAACGAGAAUGCACCCGUCAAAGGCUUCAACAGCGCAACCACCAGUAUGCUCGAGGCUUACCUGGCGCACACGGCAUAA